AUGAGCUAUCUUUGCAAAAAGGACUCGAAGAUGUAUCCAGGUUCCUUGCGGUACAACAGCCCCAGUGGAGGCAGCCGAGGCUCCUAUAGCCACCUACAGAACCCCAACUUUGGGCCAGGUCCAGCCUAUGCAUACUAUAUGGGAUACCAUCAAGUGACCAACCUGGAUGGCCAGAGGCAGUGGCUUGGGAACUGGGGCUCCCCCUACACUCCUCCAAAGAUGGACUGGAUGUCCUCUGGUGAAGACCCCGCAGAUCAUGGGAAGAAAUCUUCAGCAGGCAAGACCUCCUACAGCCCCUCGGACUCCAGCAGCCUGCCCCUUUCCAAGGCCCCUGGAGAUUACUCUCCCAAGGACGUACAGGAGCCCUCUUCCUGCCCUAGAAAUGGCCACCACACCUAUGCUUGGAUGCAAAAAUCCAUGGGAUACACAGGGAAAACAAGGAAAGAGAAGUACCGGAUGGUUUAUACUGAUCAUCAGAGACUGGAGCUGGAGAAGGAAUUUUACUUCGCUAGAUACAUCUCCUCACCAAGACGGCUGGAACUGGCAUCUUCUUUGAACCUUUCAGAGAGACAAGUGAAAAUUUGGUUCCAAAACCGUAGAGCCAAAGAGAAGAAACAAAUGAACAGGAGAUCCCUUCCUAUUGACAACAGCCAAGGUCCCUUAGCAUGGGAUUCAGGCUUGGCUGGCCCUGCUCAAGGGUUAGCCCUCAUCUGA